AUGUUCCUCCCAUAUCUCCCCAGACGACGGAUGCCACAUCUCCUCCGGCCACUGCGGCCACCGGGAUGCCCACCCCAACCCUCAAACCCCCGCUUCUUCACCAUCAACAGCCCCAAGCUCCUCAUCACCUCCCCAACGACCCGCCACAGACCCCAGCUGCCCUUCCUCCACUCCCCCGCUGCCGCCUGUCCCCUUCCCGCAGCCUCCAACCGUCUCCUAAAUGCCGCCCUUCUCCGUCUGCACAUCCCCCGCCUCAUCAGCACAGAACGCAAAGCCUACUACCAGAAAAUAUACAAGGUCGUGAAGUUCGUCCUGAGCGUGUAUCUAGCCAUAAUGCUCCUCUUCGUGAUCCGCAUGGGCUUUACACAGGAGAGCUACGAGCGGAUAUUCCCCACCCCGCCCGAAUGGACGUUCUGGAGCCGCUGGAAAUUGCGCACCGCGCGGGCCACACAGCACCCGGAGCUGUUCCAUAAGCUUCAGACGAGCUGGGCGAGCGUGGGCAACCUGUACACGGAAUUACUCGCGAGAUUGGAGGAUCCUGAGAUCGACGGCAAGGGGCUGAAGGAGCAGGAGGAAGGCGGGUUGUUGAUCGAGGGCGUCGGGAAGGCUGGGAUUGACAUUACGGGCAUGAGUGAGGCGUGGACGACUGGAUAUUUCCAGGCGCUCAUGGGGGCUGGGGGGGCGGCGGAGAAACUGGACGGGUGGAUGGAGGAUAAGCAGCAGCAGAUGGUUGGGCCGGCGCAGUGUGUGCUUGGCCCGUCGAAUGCGACGCCGCAGCUUCUCCCUGGAACGACCAAGAUGUUGAAGGAGGAGGAUUGUGUGCCGGCCUAUCAGAGUCCUGAGGUGUUCUACAUGAAGAUUUUAACUACGAAGGGGUUUGGGACGCAUCAGAAACUCGAUGCAGCGCUGGCUUAUGCGGAUUGGCUGGAUUUCAAGGGGCUGAAGAAGACGGCUGGAGAUGUGUAUGCGUGGGCGAUGGAUAUCGCCACAGCGGGACUGCCUGGAGGCGUGGACCCGAAGCAGGUUGUUGAUAUACAGACUGGUGUUCUGAAAGAGCAAGGGAAUCAAUAUGUGACGGAUAACCUGUUACGGGCCUCCACGGCCUUGGGGGUCCACCAAGUGCGCCUUGGCAACUUAUCCACAGCAUUAUCUGUCUUUGUAUCAGUUCUGAGAGCUCGUAGGGCUCUUCCCGAAGCUCAGGCUCCGGUAUCCAGUGCCACUGCCACCGCCACUGCCACCGAGCCAAGAAUCCACCCUGCAGUAUCCAAGGACGAGUCCCUGCUCACCAACCUCUCGAAAUCCAUCCUUUCCCUUCUCACACCCCCAGAAUACCCUCUGCGGACACGGACCGGGAACGAACCUGCCACGCGCUCCCUCUCCACGGUCUGCGAAGACGCCGGCCUGAUGGUGUACAUCGGCGAGAUCAUAUUCGCCUCCUCAUCGCCAGAGCACGGCUUGGCAUGGACGCGGGAUGCUGUGGACCUGGCUGAAACCACCAUUCUCCAGCUUAACGAUGAAGAUGGAGCAGAAGUGAAUUCUAACUCCACUUCCUCCUCUAAAUCUUCGGUCGCGGCGCAAAACAACAGCGGCAACAAUAGCCUGUCCAUAAACCAUUCCGACGCGCAUCAGCGUUGCCGUGACUGUGUCAAGGCCGGUCUGCAGAAUUGGAAGCAGAUGGUGCGGGUGUUGCUUGUUAAGGCGGAGAACGAGGAGUUGGAGAGUUUGGACAAGGCUGGUAAGGGUUCUUCGUGGUGGGCGGGUUGGGGCGGUGCUCGUAGGGUGAAGGAGAAGGAGAUGACACGGAGGCGGUGGGAGGCUGAGGAGAUGAUUGUGAAGGAUCGUGUGAAUGAGUUGAGGUAUAUUUUGGGGAAUCCGGGGUUUUCGGAUUAUGGGAUGUCGGUGAUUUUGGGGUGA